UAUUCACGCCCUGAUCAAUCAGAGGGAAAGAGACAACACAAGAAUUGGCAUUCCAUGGCUAUGUGGGCAAAUUGACAGUUCAUUAAGAGAAAAACUGCAGCUUCAUGCACUCGAUAGCCGACAGGAUAACAACAACUACAAGUAACACUUGACAUUUUGACAUGCACUGAGUGAGUGCAGCAUCACAAAUCAAAGUUGAAGAGUUCAUGAGUCGCGACAGUUUUAAAGUGUAAAAAGUAUACAAACACAAUGAGAAAGCCACAAAAAUAAAACGACACAAUUCCGUAGAGCAGACAGGCCACACACAGGAUGAAAGACAAAACGCUUUUGGCAUAACAAAUGUGGGCGGAAUACAAAAAAGAUAAGCAAACAAAAAUGUAAGGAUUAAAAUGACAACAAUAAAAUUAUUAUACGAGUAUGAAUAGAGCGGCAUUGUGAAUAAGAGCAAAAGCAUAGCAGAGAGCAUAGGAAGGAAGCAGGUUGCUUUGGAACACUGGCGAGCGAAUAAGAGAAUGAUAAAGGAAAUUUCGCAGAACGAAUUGAAUUAAAUAACAUUGAUGUACCAACUGCUGAUGCUGUGAGAGCUACUGAUGCCGAAAACAACGGUAAAAGCACAAAAAUACUAAAGAAAAUAGAACAGAGCAAAAAAAAAGUAGACAAGUCAAGCUGAGUGAGGAUAAGGAAAAGAAUUGAAAUUGAAGUGGGUCUAUAGACGUCAGCUGUGUGGUCGGCGGGAGUGUAGCACAGGAAUUCGUAGUAGAAGGAAGCCAACUGAGCAGCAAGUGGAGAGGGUGUGCUCCAAAAUGAAAAAGCUACCAGUGGCCAUAUUGGCGAGCACUAUGCUGUUAUGUCAUGCGGCAGCGUUGGCCGGGCAUGUUGUGAAGCGUAGCUAUUCCGAUCAAAGUGUGCAUGGCUAUCAGGCGGAGCGCACCUGCUGGUGGAAUGAGGUGUGCAAGGAGGAAUUUCAAAAUCUUUUUCGUUGCAAGUGUCCACAAUUCUCAUACUGCCGUUCACCAGGACGCUAUUAUAAUGCGUAUUGUUCAAUGACCGACACUGGCUAUAUAUGGACGCAACCCACGUGGGAUUGGGUACCAUGAAUGCCAGCAUAAACAGUCGACUGCCUACAUAAAUAUACAUAAAUACAUGCAUACAUACAGAUAUACAGAUAUAUCUAUUAAAGUGCUUAGCACACUCAUUGAGAAUAGAACACCUAUAACUAUUUAUGCACAUACAUACAUACUUACAUAUUUAUGUAUGAAUAAAUGCCUUUAAUUAGGAUAUAAAAUAAUCGAGAAAAAAAAUAUGAAAACAAUUUAAUUGAAAAUUAUUAAGGACGAAUAUACAUACAUACACAUUUAUAUUUAUUUACAUAUAUAAUAUUUACAACAAAGGCACUUUAAGUGCCACUAAGUCAAUGAGAAAUGAGCAGAAGCUCAAAGCUUAGUUAUAUAGUACCUACAUACAUACAUAAAUACACGCUUGUAAGUUGAUUUACAUGAACUCGUACAUGUAUAUAUGUGUAUAUUUUUUUUUAUUUUUUAUUUUUUUUGACAUGAUAGGAUAAUAACCUGUACUUGCAGACUGCAGAGCCUAAGCGCUUAAGCUGUUACUUAACUUUUUUUAUUUAUAAAUUAUUAAGAAUAUUUAAUUUCCUCAGACCCCAACAGCAGCGUGCAAAAUAUUUUCUUGUGUCUUGCAAGCGCUUGUUGGUGAAUCUCUUAAUACUCUACCAUUUUGUUGUUGUAUCGGUUCGUUAACCACGCUUAGGCACAGAUUUAAUUAAUCUAAGUCGCAGAGGUCAAUGCUCUAAUACUGUAUCUUCGAGCUUAGUUAAACCUUGCAAGGUAUAAGAGUCAGGUGAGGUCUUAAAACUUUAAUUUCGCGAAUCUUUUGAGCAUCUGUGGACCUCGGACUGUAAUCUUAAGUCCAACUGACUGAAAGAGUAUAAUUAAAAUUAUCAUAAUUCUGGAAGACACUAUAUGCAAAGUGGCGAAAAUGAUUUAUUAAACCAAAAGUUACAAAGCGGUGAAUUUUUUAUUAAAAAAAGGAACAGACAACCUUCAGAGCUCGUUCCCUUUUCUGCCAAAGGCUCAGUGGCUUGCUUAAUACACGGCUGCAGGUCCAUUUAAGUAGUUGAAAGUCCGGACUAGAGGUCGAAAGUGAAGUGUGCUGAAAAGUGAGGAGUGCUGGAAAGCUAUAGAUACAUGUGUUUAUAUGUAUGUGUCCAAAUCUGUGGUACAAUAAUGCACAAACUUCAAAUACGAACUCACAACCAAGUUAUUGUCAUUCCACACCAGCUGAAUGAAUGAACUACCCAGAAGAAUCGAACAAUGAAGGGUUUUUGCGUCCUUGAGUUUGAAUGUACAAAAUUAACCUAAAUUCUUCUUCUUACUUUUAAAUUAACGUCCUUUAACAUAAUCAUCAACAAAACCACCCACACAUAAAUUCCCAAAAGCUUUCAUGGAUAGUUAACCAAGCAAUUUAAGCUUCCAAAUUAGUGAAACUUGUAGUUUAUUAGACCAGAAAUGUGUUAUAACGUAGAUAUGUAUAUAUCAUAUGUAUAUGUAUGUGUGAAAUAUGCAUUCAAAUUUGAGAUUGAUCGUCUGCACAUAAGCAAUUCGUACAUACAUACAUUUAAUAUUGCGUAAUACAUAUGCAUGCAUGUACAUAUGAGAAUAUACAUAUGUACUUACAUAUAUGUAUAUGCACGCAUAAUAAGUAUAUAAUUAAGCAAAAAAAAAUCCAUUGCAUUGUUAUAUUGACGCACAUGUCGUCAUGAUGUCUAAUUAUAGUUACAUAUAUACAUACAUACAUACAUACCUACAUUUGUAUAUAAUAUAGAUUUUCGUAUGUAUGUUGUUGUUGAUGAAGUUUUAUUGGCUGAUAUAUUAAUAAAUCUGUCAACUUAGA